AUGGUCGCAACUGCUGACGUCAUUACUGUCAAAGAGAUUUCCUCGCGAGCCUGGAAUCCAUGGCGCCGGAAUCUUUUAAUUCUUUUGGCUGAGCUGACCCCCCUCAUCUCUCUCUCUCUUUCUCUAUCUCUCUUUCUCUAUCUCUCUUUCUCCCUCUCUCUCUUUCUCUCUCUCUCUCUCGCUUUCUCUCUCAACUUGCCAAUUCAAACAAUAACUUUUAAAGUAGCUCUUUCUUUCCGUCGACCCGUGCUCCUUUCUCUCAUUCUCUCUAUCUCUCCCUAUCUCUACAUUUCUCAUUCUCGUUCUCUUUCUUGUUCUCUCUUUCUCUUUCUUAUCCUCUUGUUAUUUUUCUUAUUUUCUCUUUCUUAUACUCUCCCUCUCUUCCUUAUUCACUCUUUCUUGCUGUCUCUCUUUCUUAUUCUCUCCCUCUCUUUCUUGUUCUCUCACUCUCUUUCUUGUUCUCUCAUUCUUUCUUGUUCUCUCAUUCUCUUUCUAAUUCUCUCUUUCUCUUUCUUGUUCUCUCAUUCUUUUUCUUAUUCUCUCCUUCUCUUUCUUGUUCUCUCAUUCUCUUUCUUGUUCUCUCAUUCUCUUUCUUAUUCUCUCCGUCUCUUUCUUGUUCUCUCAUUCUCUUUCUUGUUCUCUCAUUCUUUUUCUUAUUCUCUCCUUCUCUUUCUUGUUCUCUCAUUCUCUUUCUUAUUCUCUCCUUCUCUUUCUUGUUCUCUCAUUCUCUUUCUUAUUCUCUCCGUCUCUUUCUUGUUCUCUCUUUCUCUUUCUUAUUCUCUCAUUCUCUUUCUUGUUCUCUCAUUCUCUUUCUUAUUCUCUCAUUCUCUUUCUUAUUCUCUCCUUCUCUUUCUUGUUCUCUCAUUCUCUUUCUUAUUCUCUCAUUCUCUUUCUUAUACUCUCCGUCUCUUUCUUGUUCUCUCAUUCUCUUUCUUGUUCUCUCAUUCUCUUUUUCUUAUUCUCUCAUUCUCUUUUCUUAUUCUCUCAUUCUCUUUCUUAUUUUCUUGUUCUCUCAUUAAAUUUCUUGUUCUCUCAUUCUCUUUCUUAUUCUCUCAUUCUUCUUUUCUUAUUCUCUCAUUUUUUUUUAUAUUCUCUCCUUUCUCUUCUUUGUUCUCUCAUUCUCUUUCUUAUUCUCUAAUUCUCUUUCUUGUUCUCUCUUUCUCUUUCUUAUUCUCUCCUUCUCUUUCUUGUUCUCUCAUUCUCUUUCUUAUUCUCUCAUUCUCUUUCUUGUUCUCUCAUUCUCUUUCUUGUUCUCUCAUUCUCUUUCUUAUUCUCUCACUCUCUUUCUUGUUCUCUCAUUCUCUUUCUUGUUCUCUCUUUCUCUUUCUUGUUCUCUCUUUCUCUUUCUUGUUCUCUCAUUCUCUUUCUUAUUCUCUCAUUCUCUUUCUUGUUCUCUCAUUCUCUUUCUUGUUCUCUCAUUCUCUUUCUUAUUCUCUCCUUCUCUUUCUUAUUCUCUCAUUCUCUUUCUUGUUCUCUCAUUCUCUUUCUUAUUCUCUCAUUCUCUUUCUUGUUCUCUCAUUCUCUUUCUUGUUCUCUCAUUCUCUUUCUAGAAAUAGAAACUCUCUUUUCUCUGUUCUCUCAUUUCUUUCUUGUUCUCUCUUUCUCUUUCUUGUUCUCUCUUUCUCUUUCUUGUUCUCUCAUUCUCUUUCUUAUUCUCUCAUUCUCUUUCUUGUUCUCUCAUUCUCUUUCUUAUUCUCUCAUUCUCUUUCUUGUUCUCUCAUUCUCUUUCUUGUUCUCUCAUUCCCUUUCUUAUUCUCUCACUCUCUUUCUUGUUCUCUCAUUCUCUUUCUUAUUCUCGCAUUCUCUUUCUUGUUCUCUCAUUCUCUUUCUUAUUCUCUCUUUCUUAUUCUCUCAUUCUCUUUCUUGUUCUCUCAUUUUCUUUCUUGUUCUCUCUUUCUCUUUCUUGUUCACUCAUUAUUUUCUUGUUCUCUUUCUUUCUUAUUCUCUCUUUCUCUUUCUUAUUCUCUCAUUCUCUUUCUUAUUCUCUCCCUCUCUUUCUUAUACCCUCUUUCUUGCUGUCUCUUUCUCUUUCUUGUUCUCUAUUUUCUUUCUUAUUUUCUCAUUCUCUUUCUCAUUCUCUCUUUCUCUUUUUUCAUUCUCUUUUUCUUGUUCUCUUUUUCUUCUUCUUGCUCUCUCUUUUUGUUUUUCAUUUUCUCUUUCUGUUUCUUUGUCUCUCUUUCCCGUUCUUAUUCUCUUUUUCUCUUUCUUGCGUCUGCGAAAGAUAUCUGCCGACUUCUUUUCAAAACAACGACCACCCCCAACUAA